AUGCAUGUCGUGCUUUUCUUCACUUUCCUGCAAAUUGUGUAUUGCGACUUUAAAUUAAGUGACUCAAAGUUACUUCUACCGUACUACAGUGUAAACCCUGUAAAUUUUACACUCCAUGGUAGUGAUGGAGCUUGCUAUGAAUGGCAUUCGGGUACACCCGAAGUUGCUGUUGUUAGCCCAAUAGUAACAUCCGAAAGCGGAUGCUCUACCGCAGCUGUUAUCACAGCUGUCUGGCAAUCUCGCCACCGAGCUGUCGCCACUAUAUAUGCUAAGAUAAUAAAUGCUGAACAUAUUGUUAAGUGUGACGUGAUUGUGGACGACAUUCACCGAAUUGAAAUAAGUACGACUACUCAGGAGUUAUACCUUCACAAUACUCCCGUAUCACUUGUUGUGACGGCUUUUGAUGAAUACGGCAAUACAUUCUCAUCUCUUGAAGGUGUACCGUUUGAGUGGCGUAUAUUUGAAAAUAGAUAUGAGGAAUUUGGUGAUGCUCAGAGUGUUUUGAGAUUUAUUACGUGGAGUGAAUCGGAAUAUACAACUCCAAGUACAAUGGCUCUAUUGGAAUCAAAAGGACUUCAGGGCUACAUGCAAUUAAUUAGUGGGUUACGCACUGGCUCGGCUGUCGUUAGUGUUGCUUUACAAGAGUCAAUAUACAGGAAUGUAGACCCAUGUCAAGUCCGUCUACUUGUUAUGGCGAAUGCUCAGCUAAGUCCAGCGUUGGCCUACUUAGUACCGAAUUCUUUAUUGACGUUCACGGUACACGUCAUACAGCAAGGUGAUGACCAGGAGGUGUCAAUGCCAUCUCUUCAGUAUCAUCUACAAGUGAACAAUACAGAUUUAGCUGUCCUUAGCCCACUUGAUGGUUGUACUCUUAAAGCUCUGAAUUAUGGGCAGACGGAAGUUACUCUACUUGAUCGCAAUGUUGAAGAGGCUUUAGAAAAAUUGGACCAAGUUAUGAAAUCAGAAGUAGAAGAGUCAGAUCUUCUUUUGCCAAAACGUAGACGCCCAACUUCACUUAUACAAAUUGUGGAACCAGCCUACUUAGGCUUUACACUCAUGCAAAAGUCCACUAGCAAACAGUCAGACAUAUGUCAGCUGGCAGCAUUCUUGAGUUCAGGGUCAUAUGUUAACCAAAUUGGAUCUGGUUCUCACAUGCCUAUUCGGAAAUGGAUUAUGGAAUCAGGCAAAGUCUAUGUGAUCAGUGUAGAUAUAUACGAUCGUAACAACCACCGUUUAUAUCCAUCAGAUAAUUUACGUCUCACUCUUAAUUUUCCAGAAAGUCAUUUCGAGAUCUUACAGUCAUCAUCAAACCAAACGUAUGUUAUUGUUAAAGCGUCCUCAUCUGGUACAGUGUCUCUCAAAGCAGUAUUAAAAGGUGUUAUUGAUCAGAAUGGAAGCUUUAUUGAAUUCAAUUCAGUGAUAACAGGCAAUCAAGAUGUAACUAUUUACUCACCUAUCAAAAUUCACCCAACCUCGGUCAUAUUACCAUGGUCAACAGAUACAUCACCCUCAUUUAAUCAUACGCUUCCUGGUGCUGGUUACCAGCUGCGUGCUAGUGGAGGAUGCGGACAAUAUAGAUGGACAGCUUUAUCAGCCAAUGCAUUGGAAUACUAUGCUAAUUCUGGUAUAAUACCAGUUAUUGAGUCUCUUACCGAUACUGUCGUGUCUAUUACAAAAACGGGUGUUAUAUCAGCUUUGGAUCUUGGUGAAUCUGUAAUAGUGGCAUCUAGCUUUUCAAAUCCUCAGUUGUGUGGACAUACUAUAGUUCAUGUACGCUCACCUGCUGAAUUGAAGUUCGUGCCAGGACGUAAUGAAGUUCUUAUUCCGUCUCGGCGUAAAACUACAUUUGCCGAUGACUCGUUAUCAUAUACCUAUUUUGUUCAAUCAGCUGAUUCGGAGUGGAACGCACGUGAUGUUUCUGCCAUGAAGUCUAAUUUUGAACGCUUGGCAGUUGGGUUAGCUGUUCGUGAUUCUAAAGGUCAAAGUAUGACUGACUGUAGACAUUUGAAUAUUGAAAUUCAUGCAGUUGAUCCUUCUGUUGUCAAAAUUCUUCCAGGUUUUUAUGCACCACGACCCAAUUCAUCUGCUGACUAUGGAUCAUCUGACCUACUUGAAUGUCUGCAUUUCUAUCUGAUUGGAGUUAAUGUCGGUUUCACGGAAAUCAAAGCAGUUUACAAUCCGUCAUCAUCAUCCGGGAGGGUGGAUGAAUCUUCCGUUAUUGUCGCAAGUUUUCCUGUUGCAGCCUAUCGUAAAAUUGCUUUCAUUGAUCCUGCAUCUGAAACCACUUCUGUUGCAUUAGGUUCAACUCGAAGUAUGCUAGUAACACAUGGACCACAACCCUGGUCUCUCCCACCAUCAGAACAUUAUAUCAAAGUUUAUGCUCAACCUGACUCAGAUAAUGAUAUCUCAUUGCUUCCAACAUUGAUUGAUGAACCAAACUUCUUCAAAAGUAGUAAUAUUAACGAAAAGGAUACUAGACUACCUAUUCAUACUUAUAUGAAUGAUCAAAUCGACAGUCAAGCUCGUUUAAUUUCCUUCAGUCUUCGGUGUGAAGGGAUUGGAAUGUUUGAAUUUGUUGUAGAAAUUGGAAAUCGUCCUACAUCUACUAUUCCGUAUCCUAUGGUUUUGACAUCCAAAUUCACGAUAAUGUGUGACGUUGCAGUCAGUCUUCAGUUGAUGCCCUUGUUCCAGCUUCCCUUGCUUCCUUCGCAUUAUCCACCUUGUCCAUUGGUCAACACAUCGUCUGCUGACUGGUCUCAUGAUAAAUUAAUUUUACCAAAUACCAUAGCAACUGCUGUUAGUCUAGUUCUGUUCGGUUCAGAAAAUCAAGAAUUAGAAUCAGUUGACUCAUUUCUAUUCAAAGUAGUGAUUUCUACAGCUGAAAGUGCAACCAUUAAAGAAAAGCAACAAUUAGUUAAAAAUUUCAAUCCUCCCGUUUAUCACAACAACUUCAACUAUGAUAAACGAUCUUUGUCACAUCCUAUGCAUCCAAGACCGCAUUUCUUUAUUACACCAGCUGAUUACGGUCAUUCCUCCGGUGGUCUUUCAAUCCAAGUUACAAUUCAGUCAAGGUCACCUGAUAAAUAUGUCCCCUUCUUGUCUGGUAUUCAGAGUUUACAAUCGGUUUUGAAUGCCUACUUAAGUCCUAUGGUUCAUGUGAUUCCAGCUCAGUCACUGUUGUUAUUUUAUCAUCCAGAUGCAACAUCAUCUGCUCACAUUCAUGGUGGAUCUGGUCACUAUUAUUUAGAAGGUUCAGGAGAUCUUAAAGAUCCACAUCAUCAUCAUCAUCCACUUCGUAUAACUGAACAAUUGUAUGAACCAAAUAGAAUGACUGAUCCUACUUCCUACAUAAUACCAAGGCGAACGUAUAAAAUACAACCACAAAAUGUGGGACAUGCAAUAAUCGAAGCAGUUGAUUUGUGUUUUCCAGCCUUAUCGGAAUCAAAUCAGCUGACUGAAAAUUAUUUCCAUCCAGCUAAAACUGAAUUCAGUGUCGAUGUAAUCGGUUUGAGUGCCAUUAAUCUUCGGGUUAUUGAUCGAAUCCAGCUUGGAGAUGAGGUUACAGCUUCUAUAGAAGCCAUAGGUACAGAUGGACUUGUAUUACCAGCGAAGUUUGCACGUUUGUUGAAAUUAUCAAUUGUUACUGAUCGUUUGGUUUAUUCAAAAUCUGGUCACAAGGAACCGCAUGACUCAAAAAGGAUACUUGGUGUUCCAGAUACCGAUGUGUCAUCUGAAUCAUUCUGGAUUUUGAAUUCUUCAAGUCUCGAAGCACCUUGUUCAGGUCAAUUCAGUGUUCGUGGUUUGGCUCUAGGUACUUCUCAGCUAAUGGUAACGUCUGUUAUUCCCAGAUUAUCAGGGAAUAAACCAAUCACUGUCCAAAGUAACGUCAUUGAGAUCCAGGUAUUUGCACCCCUUCGUUUAACUCCGUGUAACUUUAAUCUUCUCUUGGGCGCUGAAUAUGAACUUCAUGCAGUGGGUGGUCCUAGUCAAGCUUCACUAGAAUUCAUCCCUGAGUCUGCUUCAGGUCGCAUAACCGUUGUUAAAUCAAAUCCUACUAGUGUCUUGAUACGAGCAUCUGAAUCCUUGGGUUUGGCUACUAUUCGUGCUCGAGCAGUGGGAAUUUCCGGUGGAAAACAUGAUGAUUAUGUAAUCUACUCAGAGACGAUAUGCAGUAUUCAUGUCGUAGCUCUAUCUGGUGUACGUAUUGGAUGUCCACUCGCCAACAUGAAUGAGGUAAUCUCUCAAAUCCAUGAUCAUUCAAGUAUCCACGUCCAAGAGUUGUCUAACUCAGGUGAAUCAGACAGGCAUUUUCUUCUGUCCUGCCCACCUGGACGAACUAAUGACUGUGGGUCAACACCUUUGUGGGCCGAAGGUUUAGCACAUAGUCCUUAUUAUUCUGAAGAUCAGUCAAACUCAAAUUUAGUUUCUCCUUUGGGAAUGGCUGCCGUCUUUCCUCCAUUACGUUUUCGAUGGCACUUAAAUCCACCUGAGCCCAGUUCUGUGGCCCGCUUAGAAUACUGGCUUAAUCGGUUCGGUAUUGAUGCAGAUGAGAAUCACUCAGCAUCUGGAAUGAUUCUUGUCGGUCUGAAACCUGGCACUGUGACUGUUCAUUUGACAGUUGAGCCAACUGAUCCUAGUGCAAAACAGAUCAAUGCAGUAUCUACUGACGGUGUAUCAACGGAUCGGUUGCAUGCUCAACUAAAAAUUGUUAUUCUAUCACGACUUGGAUUGAAUUCACCACCUCGUGAACCGCAACAAAUCAUUUUAUCACCGAAUUCACAAUUGAAUUUAAUCCCAUGGACUGAUUUACGUUCAGACAGUAUUCUGCGCUACAAAGUUUCCACCCUUUCACACUACACGAACAUAUCAUUAGAUCGUACAGAUGAGAUAGUUACUGUCACUUCAGAUGGUAUAUUACGUGUGAAUGAUAAAUGUUCAAAUAUUGGGUCAAUAUGUCAAAUGACACUUCAAAUCGAAUCAAUACCAAAUGGAAAUUUAUUAAAUUUGAAACAAUCACACGAUUUUCAAACUUCAUUAAAACAAACAUUAAUCUUAAAUGUAUUUGUUAAAUUGCCACGUUAUAUGAUGUUUUCUACACCACGUGUUUUUAUUCCACAAAGUGAUAAAUCAUCAAAGAUCAAGGGUCUACCAGUCGGUGGACCGUAUAAAUUAGAAAUAACAUAUCAUGAUGAAUUAGGACGCUUAUUUGACGCUGUUUCAGAUGACUUCCAUCAAUUGAAAACAUCACUUCAUCGAUCAGAUCUAUUUUCUGCUCAAUUUAUACGUGAUUUUGUGACUGAGGAAUAUUUCCUUACGACGGAUAAUGCAUACAAUACAGCCCCUCGAAGUGCCGCUUCUUUUGGCAUGAGUAUUCAUUCUUCACAUAUGUCUUCUACAAUUGAUGAUAUUGAAUUAAUUCAAAGUGCAAAAAAGAAUCAACUGGAAAAGAAUCCUCAUUGGACUGUUAUGCAUAUAACACUAUCGAAUAAAAUUGUUGGCUUAUCUCCGAGUUAUUUAAGCUUACCACAUACUAAUUCACUUGAUCUUCUUGGUUUAACAUCUUUAGUUGAAGGUCAAUGGAUUUGUCUGCCAAAAUUAUCCACUUCAUCAAGUUUAGAGGAUACUUGGUCUUCGGUGGAUCCAUCUAUUCUAUGGAUUGAUUCUUCAAAACAGUUAAUAUUAGCACGUCAUUCUGGACAAGGAAUAUUAACUUACAGUCUUACACCUUCAAUAAAAGAUAGUCAACAGGAUGAAACAUUGAAAAAUUCCACUUAUUUUAAUACUAGAUUAAAUCCACUUACCUAUCUUAUCAAAUUGCCAGUUGUUCCUUUAGAAUUGUAUUCAUUUGGUAUGCCAUCUUCAAGUUUAAUACUUGUCGAUACUGGUAAUAGUAUUCCACAAAGUGAACCUAUCACAUUUCCUAUUGGUAUUGAUCGUCGAUCACGUGGUGAAUCAUUUUCACCUAUGCUACGUUUUCUUGUUCAGUUACCAACUAAAGAAAGUAGUACCAAUAUCCCGUGCACUAAAGCUCAUAGUUCAGCAUUCGCUAGUUCUGCUCCUUUCAAGUGUUUAAUUCGACUUCAAACAAACGAUGAAUUCCACAUGGAUUCAAAUUAUCGACCAAGUUUAUUACCGAAUUGGCUUUCACAUUUAGUACUCUGGGAGUAUAAUGAAACAGUGGAAACUAUCUUGGAGUCGGAAUCGGCUAAAUUCACUUUAGAACGAUCUUUAUCAACUCAACUAGAACCAUUGUCACAAUCGUCUCCCUUUUAUUCAACUUCUACUCAAUGGCAAUGUGUGGUACGCGCUCCUGCAUCAUGGUCAUUUAGUUUUGAUGCCAUUGCACUUACACUGUUGCCUAAAACAAGAAUGACACUACAAUUAGUUAGAAGUGAUAUAUCCAAAAAUGUUGAACAAGAAGAGAAUUCGUCAAUAAUUGCGCAGACAUCAUUACUUCCGUUGCCAGGCAUAAAAGUGCUUGUACCUCCAGCGUUAAAAUCACAAGAUGACGGUCAGUCAUCUACUUCUAGAAAUUUGUAUCAUUUCUGGAUUACGCAUACAGAUAGUUUUACUCAACGCCUACUGAUAUUCAUUCCACCAGCAACUUCAUAUGCAUUGAGUAUGAAAGAAUUAGGACAAGACAAAUUAUUAGUUAGAUCACAAAUGCCGGAUAUUUUAGAAAUUGUUGGUUCAGUACAUCCUGUCGAAAGUAUGCUUGAAAUUGUAGAUAUAUUAAAAAAUUAUAUACAAAGUUUAUCAUCAUCUGCAGCCUCAGUUACACUGACAUCAUACCCAAGUAGUGUUACAAGUGAACUAUCUCAUUGGUUGCAUGUAAUUAAUGAACAAAUUGAAAAUAUUGAAGAUGAUGCCAUCUCUGGUCAAAAUUCAUCUAUAUUAAAGCAUAAAGUUUUAUGGGCAAUUCAAGUAAGAUGUAUACCUGGUGAUGUUGCUAUUGAUACAGUAGUAAAUGUUGUGCUUAGUCUACGUUCAACCGGUCAGCAUAUUGAAAUCCCUGUGCGAGUUAGUCUACCAUCUGUUAGUCAAUUGGAUAGUAAAGAAAUAAUCAAACAGUCCACUUCGUCGCCUUACUUUUUAAAUUUCUCCUGGAUUCACCUGUUUGCUGUUAUCGUAAUCACAUUAUUGAUUGCUAUUAUUGUACACAUCAUAUUACGCAGUGAGACACUAGUAAGUACUUCAAGUGGUUCAAAUGUUGGAAAGUAUUCCACUGGUCCGCUUCCUCCGUUAACAACUAAUAGUCUGAAUCACUCUCAUGCUAAUGGUCAAUUGUGGAGUCAAAGCUUCAUUCCCAGCAGAAGUCCGAAUGCAUUUCGACAAUCUCCUCUGUCAUAUGCAGGCUUACGUUCACCUAACUAUUCACCUACAUUCCAUUCAGAAAGUUUACCGACUCACACUGGAUCUACUAAUAUUGUUCAACGUACUCCGCCUAAACUUAGUGUUGGCGGAAGUGGUGACUUAGUCAAUGAUGAGAGAAGAUGGCGACAGGCGCUUAGCGGUAAUGCUAGUCGUUUAAGAGAUAGUUUUGAUAAUAUGUAA